ACUCUUGUUUGCCGGCAUUAUGGCGACCGCGAGCGAUUCCUAUAAAAGUUGACCCGCUCUCCGAAUUCCGUUCAGUACUGCUUCUCUUUUGGUACAGUGUACAUCGCGAGAUUUCAACAAACCAAACUAAAAAUGGCUGAUUUCUACUACCUGCCCGGCUCCGCUCCCUGCCGUUCCGUCAUCAUGACCGCCAAGGCCGUGGGCGUCGAGCUGAACAAGAAGCUGCUCAACCUGCAGGCCGGCGAGCACCUGAAGCCGGAGUUCCUGAAGAUCAACCCCCAGCACACCAUUCCCACUCUGGUGGACAACGGAUUCGCCCUGUGGGAGUCACGCGCCAUCCAGGUUUACCUGGUGGAGAAGUACGGCAAGACCGACUCUCUGUACCCCAAGUGCCCCAAGAAGCGUGCCGUGAUCAACCAGCGCCUGUACUUCGACAUGGGAACUCUGUACCAGAGCUUCGCCAACUACUACUACCCCCAGUUGUUCGCCAAGGCUCCCGCAGAUCCCGAGGCCUUCAAGAAGAUCGAGGCCGCCUUCGAGUUCCUGAACACCUUCUUGGAGGGUCAGGAGUACGCCGCUGGUGACUCCCUCACCGUUGCUGACAUCGCCCUGGUGGCCUCCGUCUCCACCUUCGAGGUGGCCGGAUUCGAGAUCAGCAAGUACGCCAACGUCAACAAGUGGUACGAGAACGCCAAGAAGGUCACCCCCGGAUGGGAGGAGAACUGGGAGGGUUGCCAGGAGUUCAAGAAGUUCUUCAACUAUGUUUUUUUCAUGUUUCGUAAUAUAUUUUCCAGUAAAAUGGUCGACCUUUAUUACAUGCCUUGCUCUCCCCCAUGCCAUCCAGUGUUCAUGACCGCCAAGGCGGUGGGCGUCAAGCUAAACAAGAAGCUGGUUAAUGUGUGGGAUGAUGAGCACCUAAAGCCUGAGUUCCUAAAGCUGAACCCCCAGCACACCAUUCCCACUCUGGUGGACAACGGAUUCGCUCUGUGGGAAUCCCGUGCCAUCCUGGUUUACCUAGUGGAGAAGUACGGCAAGACCGACUCUCUGUAUCCCAAGUGCCCCAAGAAACGUGCCUUAAUUAACCAGCGUCUGUAUUUCGACUUUGGAACCCUGUUCCAAAGCUUCGCCGACUACUACUAUCCCCAAAUGUUUGGGAACGCUUCCGCUGAUCCCGAAAAAUUCAAGAAGAUUGAGGCCGCCUUUGAGUUUCUGAACACCUUCCUGGAGGGACAGGAGUAUGCCGCCGGUGAUACCCUAACUUUGGCAGACAUUGCUCUGGUGGCAUCCGUUUCCAAAUUUGAGGUGGCCGACUUUGAGAUCAGCAAGUACCCCCAUGUAAACAGGUGGUACGAGAACUCCAAGAAGGUCGUUCCCGGAUGGGAUGAGAACUGGGCUGGAACCCUGGAGUUCAAAAAGUACUUUAAAUAAGCCUGAUAGUCACGUUUUAUAGCCAAUCUGAAAAAAAUAAAUAAAAACCAUAUAUGUACAUAAAUAAAUAAAUAGUGAAUCUGGGAGCAACAAUCGGAUAAUUGCACUCUUA